UGUCCAUGUCGAUGACGUCUUGAUUCUUGCGACGGUUUUCGUGUACUCGUCACAUGUGUUUUGAAAACUCGACCUGCACUGUAGAUAUUAUAGCCUCUAUUAAAAGUGAUUUUAGUAGUAUUUGAACAAUUAUGUCGUUUGUGGAGGACGAAGUAUCAGACAGUGGAGUGGAAUCGCGCUCGCGGUUGGAAAGCUAUGUGUUCAGUUGCCAGUUGUCUUCUGAAGUUCCAUUUUACACAUUUCAAGCAGAUGAAGAUGACGAUGUGGAACAUUUUCUCGAGCUUAGAACGAUUUGUCUGGGUGAUGGUGCCAAGGAGGAGAAUAAUGUUGUGGAAGUGACUGCUAUGAAUCACCAAGGAAAGAAAAUAUCAGUGCCUGUAGCUAAUCUCAACAUUUCCUGCCUGCCUAUGGUGAACCUCGGAGAGUUUGAGUUGAUGGCUCCUGUCACACUACGCCUGAAGUCUGGAACUGGACCAGUGACCGUCAGUGGGUUACAUUUAGUUGCCACAGAGAAUGAAGGGUCUGAAUUAUCAGAUGAAGAUGAUGAUGAUGAAGUCAGUGAGGAGGAAAUGCCCUCAAUCAAACCAGCCAAGAAAAAGCAGAAAGCUUAAUUAAAGAUGUUAACACCAGACCUUUAUGUUUUAUCCAGUAUUAGACUUAAUGAUCUACUAUGGGAUGUGACGAAGAGUGAUUAGGAAUUUAAUGGAAUGUUGUACUUCCAGAUAUGGUUGCAAGUGUUAAAUAGAAAGGUUAAAGCCUCAUUACAACCAGAUCCAUGAACAUCCAUGUUGAUUAAUGUACUCAAUACUGUUACUUAUGUGUAUGUAAGUGACUGCCAACAUCAACUUCAGACUAGCUCUCAGUUCAGGGACUGAGAAUUCACAAUUAGUCCUGUUCCCACUGAGGCCUUAAGUGAGGCACUUGAUGCCGGGUUGAUUCCAUAUUCCAUACAUACUGUGAAAUGAUAUAGACCGUGACGGCCUGUCACUCAUCUGCCUUUGGGGAAAAUACCAGCAUUCUUCUCUACAGAUAUUCCUCUCAUACUGCUUUGUUUGAAUUUUUUUUUUUUUUAAAUUGGCAAUCAGGGUUUUUAUAUCCUAGUCCCUUUUAGAAGGACUGAUAGAGUGAAUUUUUGCAUGGUGCGUUUUAUGUCGAGAUCAGUCUAGAAGGACUUGCCAUGGUUGCCUUUUUUGUAUUUUCACAGAUUUGUUUACAGAUUCUAUAAAUAAAAUUAGUUGUUUUAAUAGAA